UACAGUAGAAUAAUCUUUGUUGUUGUUAGAUCAAAGCUUUGAAAAGUGUAUUAGAAUGGAAGAACGAUAUGAGAUUAUCAAAGAUAUUGGGUCUGGCAACUAUGGCGUUGCAAAGCUUGUUAAGGAUAAACGCAGCGGUGCUCUCUAUGCUGUUAAGUUCAUUCACAGAGGCCAUAAGAUUGAUGAGCAUGUGCAAAGAGAGAUUAUAAAUCAUAGGUCCUUAAAACAUCCCAAUAUCAUUAGAUUUAAGGAGGUAUUGUGUACUCCAACUCAUCUAGCCAUAGUGAUGGAAUAUGCUGCCGGAGGAGAACUAUUUGAAAGAAUAUGCAAUGCUGGAAGAUUCAGCGAGGACGAGGCGAGAUAUUUCUUCCAGCAAUUGAUUUCAGGAGUUAGCUAUUGCCAUUCAAUGGAAAUAUGCCAUAGGGAUCUUAAGCUGGAAAACACACUUUUAGAUGAGGGUUCAGCACCACGACUUAAAAUAUGCGACUUUGGUUACUCAAAGUCAUCGGUUUUGCACUCGCAACCUAAAUCUACGGUGGGAACGCCAGCUUAUAUUGCACCGGAAGUAUUAUCAAGAAGAGAAUACGAUGGAAAGGUUGCUGAUGUUUGGUCCUGCGGAGUAACCUUAUAUGUGAUGCUAGUGGGAGGUUAUCCUUUUGAAGAUUCGGAUGAUCCACGAAACUUCAAAGAAACUCUUAAGAGAAUUCUCAAUGCCCACUAUUCUAUUCCAAACUAUGUUCGUGUCUCAAAGGAUUGUGGGCACCUUCUAUCUCAAAUAUUUGUAGCAAACCCAGAGAAGAGAAUAACUAUACCUGAAGUUAAAAUGCACCCGUGGUACCUAAAUAACUUGCCAGAGGAAUUGAUGGACCAAAGGGGAUUCAAGUUGCAAAAUAUUGGUGCGGAUGAUGAUGAUUCAUCAUGUCAAAGCAUUGAGUCAAUACUUUCAAUAAUUCAAGAGGCUAGGAAUUUAGGAGUGGGAAAAAAACUCAGUGGACAAUUUGUUGCGGGUGACAUUGAUCUUGAUGACAUGGAUGCUGAAAUUGAUGAUAUCGAAAAUGGUGGCGAUGAUUUUGUAUGUGCAUUGUGAGGUCUUAUGGUUAUAACCUUUGAAAAAACUAUGUUUAA